CUUCAGAAGCCUGAUUCGAGAUAACGAGUCCAUCUGCUGGGAUUUUAAAGCAGAGUCUUAUUUGCUGUCACAAUGUGCAGAGGACUGGAUGCGCUGCCAGCUGCUUGCUUGGAAAGAGCCAAAGAACUGAAGACACGGCUGAGCAUUCUACUUCAGAAAUCUGACGCUUUUGGUAGUCCAACCCAGUCAAGCAAAUCUGAAAAAUCCAGGCCAACCCCAGAGGAAGCAAUGAAGUGGAGGGAGGCUUUUGACAAACUCCUGGCCAGUAAACAUGGUGUGGCUGCUUUCAGACUCUUUCUGAGGUCAGAAUUCAGUGAGGAAAACCUUGACUUUUGGCUGGCCUGUGAAGAAUAUAAGAAUAUCAAGCCAUCUUCAAAGCUGGCAUCCAGAGCUAUGAAGAUCUUUGAGGACUUUAUUGACAAUGAAGCACCAAAAGAGGUCAAUAUCGAUCAUGAAACAAGAGCGAUCACGAGGGCCAACCUUCAGGUGCCAUCGCAUUCCUGCUUUGAUUUGGCUCAGACCAAAAUCUACACCUUGAUGGAGAAGGACUCCUAUCCCCGAUUCCUCCGCUCUCCUGCCUACCAAGAGCUGGUUAAGAAAACUGCACAUGGCACCAUCCAGCUGCAAACAUCCUGCAAGAAAUCCCAUACUUGAAAUAAAAAUGAAAAAAACAAUAACUGUUUGGAUUCCAGGCUUGAAAAAUGAAGUAAUAAAAAAGAACAUUAUCAAAUAACGAGGCAAUCAUGAAGCAGGGCUCAGCAGAAUGGCAAAGUGUCCGGAGCAGAAGAGACGAUGAAAUGCAAGGCCUUAGUCAGGCUUGAUGUGGAAGAGCGUCUGUCCGGGCCAUGAGCCAGUGCCAUUCACCUUAGGGCAACGUCUUUAUGCCUGUGGCUGCUAAAGAGACAAAGAAAGACGUUUGCUUUUCCUCUUUGGUAUAUAAACUUGUGACUUUUCAUUGAGGAAUAUUAAGUGGAGGAAAAUAUAAGAAAGUUGGGUGCCUUAAGAUAAAAUAUACUGUUUUGUGUUGGGAUGUCAGAACUCGCGGUGCCAACCAACAUUUUUGUAACUGUGUUUCUUGCUGUAAUAAUGUGUGCUAUUUAUCUGCAUAACUUAUUGUAAUUUAUUCUAUUUAAAUUAUUACAAGAUAUUUAUUUAUCAAUAUUUUCACUGAGUGUAAGUAAACCUCCUUGAAUGUGAAACUUGAAAUAAAGUGUUUUUAUUAUUUUUUGCUAAA